AUGGCGGCCGCCCUCCACCGCCGCCCCCGUUCCCGCUCGCCUCUGGAAGACGAGGAUCUUCUCUCCGAGAUCCUCCUCCGCCUCCCGCCGCAGCCGUCCUCCCUCCCCCGCGCCUCCGCCGUGUGCAAGCUUUGGCGCCGCCUCGUCUCCGACCGCGGCUUCCUCCGCCGCUACCGCCAACACCACCGCCGCAGCCCUCCACUCCUCGGUUUCUUCCGCGACGACCAUCCAAACAUCACCUACACGCCUACCAUGGAGGCCCCCAAUCGUGUCCCCGUGAGUCGCUUUUCCUUGCAUCUCAAUGACAGGUACAGUAUCCUCAGCUGCCGCCAUGGCCUCGUGCUCAUCUUCUACUCGACGUGGAACUAUGUCCUGGUGUGGGACCCCGUCACCGGCGACCAGCACCGCCUUGCUGCUCCCCAAGGGAUCGACAUGGCCACUACCCCGAUGGAUGCGCAGGUGCUUCGCGCUGCUGCCGACGCCCAGCACUUCCAGGUGGUAUUGGUAAACUACAAAAAGAAAUAUGCACGAGUGAUCGCCACCAUUUACUCGUCGGAGACCGGUGUAUGGAGUAAUCUCAUCCAAAUACCGGUUCGACGUGGGAACAUGCAAUAUGAAGCUAUGCCCCCUGUGCUGGUUGGGUAUUCUCUUUACAUCUUGCUCCCCGGGGAUUCAACUGGGGAUAGUCCAAGUGUAAUUCUGGAGGUUGAUGUGGAUAGCCAGAGCCUAGCUGUGUUAGGUUUGCCAAUGGAUACCUUUGCCAAAGAUCAAUACCUGAUUGUUAUGCGAGCGGAGGGUGGCGGGCUGGGCGUACUCUCCCUGACAGGAUGCACCGCCGAGUUAUGGAAGAGGAAUACCGACUGUGAUGGUGUUGCUUCAUGGGUGCUGGGACGAACUUUUGAACUGGACAACCUACUUCCCUUGAAUCCAGAGAAGAUAAGUUCAGUAAAAUCCCCGAAAACAACAACUGUUUUAUCUGUUAUCCAUUUGAAAGCAUCUAUGCUGCAGAAACAGGCAUUGGUGGUGGACAUGAUGGAGCUGAUCAAGAUAUGCUGA